CACCGUCCGAUCACAGGGCCCACUUUUAGGCCCUCCGUCUUCAUCCAUCUUCUUCUAUUCAUAUUCUACUUGAUCUUGUUUGCCAAUUUUGUGUUUCAUUCCUCUUUUCCUCUUUCUCUCCUCCCUCUCUCAUUCAACUCACAAAAACUUCUUUUUGUUUAACUGAACCCUGGGUUGACCAAAUUCCUAACACGACUCCUUCUCUACUCGAUCCAAAAGCGAGCUCUUCCCUUUGCGAACAUCUGCUCCCAUUUCUUUAUUGUUACCCCUCCUCGGCCUCUCUCAGCACACCUUUCCGCCCUCCUACUUUGCUGCAAUGCCUUUGAUCAGCACCACUGAGGUCAGCGAGGACACUCGUGUUCUGGGAUACGAUCCCCUUCUUUCCCCCCAGUUUCUGCAGACCGAGAUCCCUGCUCCUGCCCGCGCACUAGAGGCUGUCCGCGCCGGCCGCAACCAGGCAAUUGAGAUCAUUGAACAGCGGGAUGACCGUCUUUUGGUGGUUGUGGGCCCUUGCUCCAUUCACGAUCCUGAGACGGCUCUGGAGUAUGCCGGUCGCCUCAAGGAGCUGUCUGAGAAACUUUCCGGUGACCUCUGUGUUAUCAUGCGUGCUUACCUUGAGAAGCCUCGCACUACUGUCGGCUGGAAAGGUUUGAUCAACGAUCCGGAUAUUGACGAGACCUACAAUAUCAACAAGGGUCUGCGUGUUUCCCGUCGUCUCUAUGCAGAUCUGACUAGCAUGGGCCUGCCUAUUGCCAGUGAGAUGCUGGACACGAUCUCUCCUCAGUACCUUGCAGAUCUGAUCUCUCUCGGAGCUAUUGGUGCUCGUACCACUGAAUCUCAGCUGCACCGAGAACUUGCCUCGGGUCUCAGUUUCCCUAUUGGCUACAAGAAUGGUACUGACGGCAACUUGACCGUGGCCAUUGACGCCAUUGGUGCCGCUGCCCACCCUCACCGUUUCUUGGGUGUCACCAAGCAGGGUCUGGCUGCUAUUACCAAGACCUCUGGUAACGAACAUGGUUUCGUGAUCCUCCGUGGAGGCAACAAGGGUACUAAUUACGACCGUGAAAGUAUCAAGGCUGCCCGCGAGGCCCUUCGUGGCAAGAAGCAGCGCGAGGUUGUGAUGGUUGACUGCUCUCACGGUAACUCUAAUAAGAACCACCGCAACCAGCCAUUGGUCGCAAAGGAAGUUGGCGACCAGCUCCGUGAAGGUCAGGAUGCUAUCGUCGGUGUCAUGAUCGAGUCCAACAUCAACGAAGGUAACCAGAAGGUUCCUCCCGAGGGCCCCUCCGGCCUGCGCAAGGGUGUCAGUAUCACGGACGCUUGCAUCGACUGGGAGACAACGGUUACUGUCAUGGAAGAUCUGGCUGAGGCCGUUCGUGCCAGACGUGCUGCCAAGGCCAAGGAAUUCAAUGGCGCUUCUCAAUGAGCUUUCACGACAGAGUCCAAAAAGUUGAGGCGCG